AUGCUGAUUAGGUUAUAUGGAAACCUUACAAGUUUGAAAGGGAACACCACCCAUGUUCCAGAUGUUGCAUUCUACUCAGGGAUGCUCAGAUUUUGUGAUGUUAUUGAGCCUUACUAUCCUGAGCGGGUUCUUAGGCAGUUUGGUCGAGUGCAGACGAUUCCUCCCAGAAUAAGUGCCCCAACCAGAACUAGUAGUCGUGCCAAUUCCUAUAAUUCUUACUUUGGGGAAAUGUGGGAACAUGUGCCAAUUCCUAGAAACAAAUUAUACACCCCAAUUCUAAUUUUGAACCCAAACAUGCCAAGUUAUCCACAAGGCAAUUUCCUUCUCUACAAUUAUGAGGAUGCUCCUCCUCCAAAUUUGAAGAUAGCAUUUGCACAAAAAUUUGAGAAUCAUAUUCAAUAUCAAGUGGGAACCAUCCGUUCUGGCACGCCAAAACAAUUGCAUGGAUUUCAUAACACUUAUAUUCAAGUUGUGGAUAACAUCAUGACAACGUUGAAAGCGCGUUGUGAAAACCUAGUCUACAAAGCUCAUAGUUGUUAA